AUUUCAACGUAUAAACAUUUCUUUAACAUUCACUCCUUAUCACACUACUUCCGGUUUGUCAAACAAAGGAAAAAUUCCAGAAAAGUGCUUUUUCUAGUCAUGCUUUUUAUGUAGUUAUUGCAUCCACUUCAAAUUCGUGAAGGAAGGAAAUAUGGCUGAGCACCCGUGUACCAGCGAGUCUGGCAUGAUGAAUCUGUCCCACCCUACCCAGGCCCUACCCCAGGAUCUACAGAACCUUGUUAUGACAUCAUCAGGAGAUGCUGGAAACAUGGCCAUUUCAAAAAGCCAAGGGAUGUCUAUGCCGAUGGGAAACAUGAACCCAAUAUCAGCACAUAAUGCAUAUAGAGAAGUUCCUGUAUCACUACAGAGUAAUGGGCAGGGACCCGUUAUCCCAACAGGAAACUUUAUGCCCCAACAAAACAAUACUUAUAUACCUGAUAGCCUCAGAAAUUAUGCUGUCCCUGAUACAAGAAUGAGCCAGGAAUCAUACUUACAUAACCCUACACAGGGACUGAAUAACAAAGAUUACAGCAUGAGUGUUCCCUACUCAAACAGUAUAGCAGGACCUACACAGACAACAUCAGUCAGAGUCAACACAGAGGAAACACCACCUACCAAUACAACUGCACAUGAAAUGAGCCUUGCACCUAUGACUGCAGAUUAUAACUCCUCAUCAAAACCACAAUCAAAGAUCAUAUUGAAGACAGACACACCUUCAGGGAUUCUACCAGAUCAGAGGGCCAGCAAUAUGCCAUCCAUUCAUUCGCACCUUGAUGAUGUGGCUUACAAGAUCACCACCAGUGAUGUGACAGAAGCAAUCUCAGCCAUAAGAACCACUGCCCCACGAGUUGCUACAGGAAACACCGCACCAUUCGAUACGUCAGCAAACACCACAUCUCCUCACCAUUUGGUUGUCACUGCUAUGGGUCUUGUUAGGAAGAACUUUAAGCCAGGCUCUCAACCAAUGGAAUCAGGAGAACCAGCCCAAAUUUAUCCACCAUCAAAUUAUGAAACCACAAAUCCACAGCACACGUCAACAUUGCCCUCCCAGGUCAAAGGCACAGCAAGGCCUCAGCUGGGGCCACCAACAAUGACGGAGAAUACCAUGCAGAGCUACACCUUUACAGACACACACCCGUCAAGAGGUCCGCUGCUCCCAGAGAAUGAGAUGAUUCAAAGUUCUCAUGCUGAGCACAUGCAUGGGGAACCCCUCAGUGGAAGGGGAAUGAGUGCAUCAAUGAAACAAGGGGAGAAGAGGUCUCAGAUGAACAUGGAUGUGGGCAGCUACAUGACGAUGGAUCAAGGAAGGAAGGCCGAGAACCAACCAAGAAUUAUGGAGGAUGACAUGUCCUUCGCAAUACGCAAAUCCUACAGAGCUCCCAAGAAAAAGGCCGUAUCAGACUAUGCUGAUAUAAUUGGUGCCAAUGAAGAUGAGUUGCAAAAGAAAAAGGCAAAGACUGUAACCGGCACAUCUUCUAAUCCCACCAAUCCCACGAAAGGCGAUAAUCCAGGAAAUAAGCCGAUCCCAAAGUCCCGCAAUAAGCUGACUGUAGAGGAAGUGUAUAGGAGUGGGGACGAAGGCGAGGAUGUGGAAAUGAACAAUGAGUUUUUGAAAGUGCGUAUGUUAAAGUGUGACAAAUGUGACAAGCAUUUCAUAGACAAGAAGAAAUUAUCCCAGCACAAAAGACAAGUCCACAAUGACAGGAAAGGUCCGAGAAGUUCCAGCAAGGAUCAUGUCUGUGAUGUGUGUGGCUACGUGUUCAAAAGGCGCGAACACUGGCGACGACACAAGGAAGUUCACCAGAAAUCACGCCCCUAUAACUGUGAUGUAUGUAACAAGACAUUUAAACGUGCGGAGCACGUGAAGCGUCACCAGAGUGUACAUUUGUCAACUAAACCUUAUCCUUGCAUGGAGUGUUCCAGUGCCUUUACCAGGGCUGAUCACCUUGCCAAGCAUGCUCUUCUACACAGUGAUCCUGAUGGCUACAGACAGAAACAGCUGGCAAAGAAAAGGAAAGCUCGAGCAGCCAAAGGCAAAUCCAAGGGCUCCAAGAUGAUUAAGACAGUGCCCAGGGGUCGGGGAAAGGUCACAGUUCAACUGAGGGCAACGGUCCCACCCAAAAAGGAGGAGGGCUUCGAAUACGGAGACGUUUUAGAGAAGGGAUUUCAAGAAUCCGGGACAGAUGAGGAUGAUCUCUUGUCUUCGGAGGAAGAUGAGGAUGCAGAAUAUGAGGAACAAAAAGAUCAGAGUAACCUGGAGAAGGUCUUCUAAGACACGACAAAAAAAAAACCUUUCUUCUCUGCAUCAAAGCAAGCAUUUAAUAUGUGAAAAUAACAUUCAGAUUUUAUAGGCAAGACAUUUUUACCAGUGAAAUGCAGUUUGAUUAUGAUGAAAGAUCUGUUUUUGAAACAUUAGAUUUUUUAUUGCUCAUAUAGUUUCCAAAUGUUACCAUUAUAAAUGUUAGGUUCACUUUGGUCAUCCAUUAUUACAUUGAAUCACCGAGGACUCAUAGUUUUAUGAUUCACACAUAUUUAGAUUGACUGCCUACAAUUGCUUACCGUUAUUUACAUAAUUUCUUCAUAUUUCCUAACAGUGUAGAAAUUAGUACAAUUAAAAAAGAAACUGAAAAUAAAAACAAAGAUAACAUUUUAUUUUUGUUGAGAUUGUUAAAUGUUUGGAGAAGUUUCAAAUAUUUGUACAUACCCUCUGAAGCUUUAAGCAUAUAAUAUAUGUACUUGUUUGUUUUAUAUUAAAAUAAAAUAAAUAAAAAUUUA